CUGUAGUGACUUCUUUUUAGAGUUUUCUGAGUUAUUAAAGUUAACAUCAGUCAGAGCAAAAUGGAUAUGAUGGAUAUUUAUGCUAAUUCAGGACUUACUGCAGACAACAGAAGAAAUUCAGAUAUCAGUAGAUACUCAGGCGAAGACAUUUAUGCCAAUCAGGACAACAGAGAAACACCUACGACCAGGAGCUCCGCAGAGUAUAUAUCCAUGACAAAUGCUGAGAAAGUGGGCAAAAGACCUCGGUCUCAUCUUCAGUACGGAGAACUGAGCACUGCAGGUAGAAGAUGCUUCAUACAGACUGCUGUGUGUUCUGCUGACUGUCAUCACAGUGCUGUGGAUCAAGGUUACUGCACAGUCAGACCAGCUCGAGACCAGUUACACCAACCUGACUAUAGAGAGAGACCAGUUAAUGACCAAAAAUACCAACCUAACUGCAGAGAGAGACCAGUUACAGACCAGUUACACCAAACUGACUACAGAGAGAGACCAGUUGAUGACCAAAAACACCAACCUAACUAUAGAGAGAGACCAGUUAAUGACCAAAAACACUAACCUGAUUUUAGAGAAAAAUCAGCUGGAGUCAAGGUACAAUGCAACAAUUAAAAUGGAUCAGCUUCAGAAGAUGUUCUCUUCAGUAGCGAAGGCCGUGCAGGAGGGUUGGAAGUUUUUCAAGAACAGUCUUUAUUACAUCUCUACUGUAAAGACGAACUGGCAUGAGAGCAGACAGGACUGCAGAGGAAGAGGAGCAGACCUGGUGAUCAUAAACAGCAGAGAAGAACAGGAAACCAUUACCCGUAUGCUGGGGAGCAAUCAAGCUUGGAUUGGUCUGACAGACACUGAAAGAGAGGGAGAAUGGACAUGGGUGGAUGGCUCAGCACUGACCACUGCGUACUGGUUGGAGGGAGAACCAAAUAACCAAGGGGAUGAAGAUUGUGGUGAGAUUUUGGGUCCUGUAGAAAAGAAGCUCUGGAAUGACAGACCGUGCUCUUACAAGCAAAGAUGGAUCUGUGAAAAAAUAGUGCUUCAAUGAUAAACCUGAAAGCAGGCAGAAUAUAUUGAGCAGUUAAACCCAAUCUUUAUUGUUUCUGUUUCUGUACAUGUAUUAAACUGAAUCCUUUGAUUGAAUUGAAUUCAGAAUUUACACGCAUUGGAAUUAGACCUCUGCAUUUAACCCAUCUGUG